GUACAGUUCCUUAAAUACAACGAAUUUCGGUUUUUCAUAAGCCAUAUGUUCUUUGCUUUAAUGGAGGUAUGCUAUUAGGGUUAAAAAAUGUAAGAUUUGGAUGUGUGUUUUUGCUGUGGAAAAAGCUGGUGGCCAUUUUGUUGUAGCCCAGGGAAAAAGACAUGGAGGAGUACCAGUGAGAGCAGAAUGUUAGGCUGGAGAAUGGCUGCACAGAAACGAAGAGGUAAAAAUAUGUAGCAGCCAACCAGCUGGAUUUCUAGUCAUGGACAAAGAAAGCUUCUAGAUGGACACAAGGAUCUAUACAAGGACACCAUGAUGGAGGACCUCGAAGAGGACAACCUAAAUAUCAUUAAAGUUGAAGCUUUGAAUGAUGACGAAGAGAUGGACGAAAAGCCAUGUAGGGAGCAGGAAUGCCCCCCAGAGAUCAGCACAGAUCCCGGAGACACUCCAGAAAAUGUCACAUUGGCGAAGGACAGAAGACCUUUGAAGAUUAAAGAAGAGGAAAUCCCUUCAGAGAUCAGCACAGAUGGAUCCAUUAACAAAAACCCACCAGAAUGUCAAUGUCCUCCAUCAUCCCAGGUGUCCACACAGACAAGCUGGAGGAGCUCUCAGGUUUAUCAGGCUGCAGAUCUGCUUAAUAUUAAAAUCUUUGUCAAAGAGGAAGAGGAUGAAAUUCCCCCAGAGAUCAGCACUGAUGGCCAACAUCAAACCCAUACCUUGACCUCAAUGGACAAUGAAGAAGAAGACGCUUCCAAAUCCAUAAUAUCUCGUAACGCCCGUAAAGGCGAUGAACCGGCUUCCUGUUCUAAGUGUGGGAAGUGUUACAGCCGGAGGUCAAGCCUCCUCAGACACAUCCAGACUGUCCACCUGGGAGAGAAACCAUAUUCGUGUUCCGAAUGUGGCAAGUGCUUUGACCAGAACUCCAAUCUCAUUAAGCACCAGAGAGUUCACACGGGGGAGAAGCCGUACUCCUGUUCCAUCUGCGGGAAGCGCUUUGGAGAAAAGUCAAAUGUCGUCCUCCAUGAAAGGACCCACACAGGAGAGAAGCCAUAUUCCUGCUUUGAGUGCGGCAAAUGUUUUGCCCAGAAGGCUUCCUUGGACUCCCACCAAAGGACUCACACAGGCGAGAAGCCUUUUUCCUGUCUCGAAUGCGGCAAACAUUUUACCAACAAGAGAACGCUCAUUAGCCACCGUAGGAUUCACUCGGGUGAGAAGCCCUAUGAAUGUUCCAUAUGUGGGAAGUGCUUCACCGACAAGUCGGACAUGGUGAAGCAUAAGCGGAUCCAUACAGGUGACUAUCCCUAUAUGUGCUCUGAAUGCGGCAAAGGCUUCAUCGCCAGGUCCGUCUUCAUCAUUCAUGAAAAGAUGCACUCUGGAGAGAAGCCCUAUUCCUGCUCGGAGUGUGGGAAAGGUUUCACCAAGAAACAACAUCUCAUGGACCACAUGAGACUUCACACGGGGGAGAAACCAUUUUCCUGUCCGGACUGCGGCAAGUUCUUCAGGCAGAAGUCGGGGCUGGCCAAGCAUCGGAGGAAAAUGCACAGGAUAGAAGUGCCCAUUAUCUGAGAUGUCCGUCAAAACAAGAGUCCUGUCUUCAUGAAAGCAAUGGCUUGCAGGUCCAUAGAUUCCCCAAGUGGGUCUAAUUUAAAAAAAAAUUAAUUAAUGAUUACAGGCAGUCCCCGACUUACGAAUGACUCCUACCGUGCUUCCCCGAAAAUAAGACGUACUCCGAAAAUAAGCCGUAGCGGGAUUUCGACGCAAGAUCGAAAUAUAAGACAUCCC